AUGGCUGACACCGCCGGAUACCCUACCGACGGCAAGCUGGAUGCCCACAACGUCCACACCAACAAACGGAAGCGCGACACGCGCGACCAAGGCCUGAACCGACCUGCUCCCCAUUCCGCCAACAACGACCUCACCGACCAAGCCACUGCCUCAUUUCUCGCCGCGCACAACGCCGCCGACGACGACAUGCAGCAACAGUUCGACGUACACCACAACGGUGGGACCAACACCGCGAGUGUCGGCGACACUGCCGCCGCCGCGCUUGCCUAUCACCAGAUGACGGUCCCCCAGGCGACAGAACUCCAGUUCCAGCCACAGAACUCAGGCGACGGCUCCUUCAGCAUGGGAGACCACGGCCAACAACAAACGGGCAUGCAAGACUUUAGUCUCGAGGCUUUGAAGGCAGCUACACAGACGGGUCGUCCCGGUCAAACAGCACCCAGCGACUCGCCACCGCAAAGCUCUGCGCACAAACCUCAAGUCGGCACAGAUGAGUGGCACAAGGUCCGGAGGGAUAAUCACAAAGAAGUUGAACGCCGCCGCCGCGAGACCAUCAACGAGGGAAUCAACGAACUAGCCAAGAUCGUCCCCGGCUGCGAGAAGAACAAGGGCUCCAUCCUGCAACGGGCUGUCCAGUUCAUUACUCAACUGAAGGAGAACGAGCAACAAAACAUCGAAAAGUGGACGCUUGAGAAGCUACUCACCGAGCAAGCUAUCACCGAGCUCAGCGCUAGUUGCGACAAAUUCAAGGCCGAAUGCCAACGGGCGUGGGACGAGUGCAAUAUCUACAAGCGCACAUGCGAAGCUAACGGCAUCAUACCCGACGAGAUCAAAGAGCGCCAGGAGAACGGCGAACAGACGGGAGCUAAUCCCAUGUAG